AAUAGUGGAGGAUACCGUGCAGGGCUGAGUGGAUUUCUAACAUGUCAAUUACUUUGACCAGUCACUUUCUAUCGUAGUAAACUGAGCUCUACUGUUCUUUUAAGUUGUCGUUGCUUUUUCGUCGUGCUUUUCGUAGUUUAGCUCAACAGUACUCUGAAGGACUGUGCUGAAAAACAUUCAUCAUCAUCAUCAUCAGAGAUAGAGAGAAAAGAAGCCAACCCGACAGCCCCUUAACUGAAGCCCUCAAAGGAAGAAAACAGCACUGGCGCGGUGCGUGUGAUUUACAAACGUGGAUUAUGGAGAAGUUACCAACUCAAUUUUAGGAGCAUCUGAAGACGAGAGAAAGUGGUCAAAGCCAUCGGGAUGGUUGAAGAGUCAUAGCAAGAAAAGUAAUCACACUCCUCAGUAAGACCCUAAUGGAGAAUGAGACCAUCCCUUUGGGCUACGUCCCACAUUACCUUCUUCGAGGAGAUCCUUUUGCUUCCAAACUGUCCAAAGAGGCAGACAUAGUGGCGGCGUUCUACAUCCUUAUCAUCGGUAUCUUGUCAGUCACUGGAAAUGGUUAUGUCAUAUACACAACCAUCAAACGGAAAACCAAGUUAAAGCCUCCUGAAUUCAUGACUCUGAAUCUCGCUGUGUUCGACUUUGGCAUAUCACUCAGUGGAAAGCCAUUCUUCAUAGUGUCUAGUUUUGCCCAUCGCUGGCUGUUUGGCUGGCAGGGCUGCCACUACUAUGGCUGGGCCGGCUUUUUCUUCGGAUGCGGAAGUCUCAUUACUAUGACGAUUGUCAGCUUAGACCGCUACUUGAAAAUCUGUCAUUUAAGAUAUGGUACAUGGUUCAAACGGCGUCAUGCCUUUUUCUGUCUGGUUUUCAUAUGGAUCUAUGCAGCCUUCUGGGCCACCAUGCCAAUGGUGGGUUGGGGCAGCUAUGCACCUGAGCCAUUUGGCACCUCCUGCACACUAGACUGGUGGCUGGCCCAGGCCUCUGUGUCUGGCCAGAGCUUUGUUAUCAGCAUUCUCUUCUUCUGCCUCAUCUUCCCCACCGGCAUCAUAGUCUUCUCCUACGUCAUGAUCAUCUUCAAGGUGAAAUCCUCAGCCAAAGAAGUCUCUCAUUUCGACACGCGGAAUAAGAACAACCACACCCUGGAAAUGAAGUUGACUAAGGUGGCGAUGUUGAUCUGCGCAGGGUUUUUAAUAGCUUGGAUCCCUUAUGCUGUGGUAUCAGUGGUGUCUGCUUUUGGAGAGCCUGAUUCAGUGCCUAUCCCAGUCUCUGUUGUGCCAACUUUGCUGGCCAAGUCCUCGGCUAUGUACAAUCCAAUCAUAUAUCAAGUCAUUGACUGUAAGAAGAACUGUGCAAAAACAUCCUGCUUUCAAUCUUUGAGUAAAAAGAAGCACUACAAGACUUCAAGGUUCUACUCCAUCUCUGCCUCCCUGAAACCGAGAGCAGCCAAUGAAGUUCCGAUUGAGAUAUGAGGAAAUGACAGGAACUCACAGUGGGCCUGUGAUAGGACACUGGGCAAUUUGUUACUGUGCAAUUUAGACAUCAACAGUUCACACCCGCCUAACUUUGCUGUUGUAUCCUACUGCUGUCAACUUCACAUACUCUCCCUUUAAAUGUAUCUGUGUGUAUAAAAUAAUUAUGUGUUAAAUAUGAUGUAUUUUUAUAGUUUUUUUUGUUGUUUUUGUUUGUAUUAUGUUCCAGCAUUCCCAGAACCACAGUGUUUAAAGGGGUCAUCAGAUGCAAAACUCACUUUUACAUGUUGUUUGAACAUAAAUGUGUGUGUACACAAACAUCCUAUAAUGCUAAAAAUCCACCCAGUGGUAUUUUUUAAAUCUUUAUAAGUAAUAUCUCCUUUUUCAAAUCAAGCCAUUCUCAGCAUCUAUGUGACGUCACACAUACCAAGGCCAUUCCCAGUUGAUUGACAUGCCCGUCUUACCUUAGAUCCGCCCUGACUGAGCUGUAAACACUCCGACCGCCAUUGUUUUGACUUUGGUGCAGGGGAAGACAAGAACGUCUCAGAUUGAGCGAUUGAGGUGUUUUGUUGUUGGAUGUUAUAAUGAACAUAGUAGUUGUCAUUUACUCCUGACAUCUGAGCCGCUGAAGAUGCAGAGGAUUAACGUUACAAUUGUUUUUGAAGGAAAUGCGCCGAUCCCCAAUCUGCCUAAAUGCGUAAUUUGUGAUCCAGCUUCACCUAUUGUUUUUAUGCGUCUUUGCAAAUCGCCUUUCUUAAUAAUGAGCUAAUUAGCAAGUUUUGCGGCUAAAUGCAGCUAAAGUAAACAGAACGGCUUGUCAACCUACAGAAGAAAGGGGCGGGGUGAGCAGAGCUCAUUAACAUUUAAAGGCAAAGGCAACAAAACGGCUCGCUCUGAAAAAGGCUGAUUUUGACAAGGUAAAAAGGGUGUUUGUUACACUACCACUGAGAAAUUUUAACCAAAGUAUGUUAUAGACUUCUCAUUAAGACCCUAACGAAUCAUAUCAACUUGUAGAAAAUGGGCAUCUGAUGAUUCCUUUAAAUCAUCUGCUUGAAGUCUGAAGUGACAUUACUUUUCAGCCAGUGCUAGUCUGUGUUCAAGGUAUUGUAUCUAACUGAAACUGGUUACACACAUCUAUACAACAGCAUGAUCACAGAAAAAACAACAAUAUACAGAUAUAGCUAUAUACUGUAUUCACAACAUGAGUGCAUUCUUACUGUUAUUAUUAUUAUUAUUAUUAUUGUUAUUGUUGUUAUUAUUAUUAUCAUCAAAUUGAAUGGACACUGAUGCACUAAUUGAGACUAUUGAAUUCAUUUUACAUUAUUAUUAUUACUAUUAUUACAGACAUAGCAUGAUAGUUUUGGGGCAUGUGCAAUGAUUAUAUACUUACAUUAGAAAUUUUACAUCGAAAGGUGUCCCCCAAAGAUUCAGUCCAUAAAUUAUGUUAUGUAUAGUCAUUAUAUUAUUCUUUUUGAUAUGGUAAAAGCGUGCAGAAAGCACAUAAGGUUAAAAGAAGAAAGUCAAGAGUUGGUAAAGAUAAGUUGCUUACAGGCUGUACUAGUGUGGUUAAAUGUUUUCCAAAAAUAUUAUAGACAUUCUGUGGAAAUUGGACAACUAAUGGAAGUUUCAAUUAAAUGGGACUAGUUUACCCAAAAAUUCUGUCAUUACUCACCCUCAUAUCGUUCCAAACCCCAAGACCUACGUUCAUCUUUGGAACACAGAUAUUAAAGAUAAAAGAUAUAUUUGAUGAAAUCCGAGAGCUUUCUGACCCUGCAUAGACAGCAAAGCAACUGAAACGUUCAAAUGACUCAGAAAAAUGUGGUACUCUUGUGAAUGCAUGGCGAAGACUGACACGGAAGAAGAGAAAUUAAUGAAUAAAGCUGUUAUUUUUGUUUACUUUGCCCACAAAAAUAUUGUUGUAGCUUCAUAAAAUUAAGGUUGAACCACUGAUGUCACAUGGACUUUUUUUAUCAGUGUACUUACUACCCUUCUGGGGCUUGAACGUGUCAGUUGCAUUGCUGUCUAUGCAGGGUCAGAAAGCUUUCGGAUUUCAUCAAAAAUAUUUUAAUUUGUGUUUUGAAAAAGAAAGAAUGAAGGUCUUAAGGGUUUGGAACGACAUGAGGGUGAGUAAUUAAUGACAGAAUUGUCAUUUUUGGGUGAACUGUCCCUUUAAGCAAGUCGGGUGUAAAAAAAAAAUGUUAGAUGUUUUUUUGUUUGUUUGUUUUAAAUAACCGAGACUAGCUUGUGUUAGAAAAUUAGCUCUUAGUGGGCCUAAAAUGAACAUUCACUGUAUGUGAUUAUAUACCUACAUCAGAAAUUUUACAUCGAAAGGUGUCCCCCAAAGAUUCAGUCCAUACAUUUUUGUUUUCUUAAUUUUAUUUUUAAACAUGUAACUCAUUUUAUUAUUCUUUUUGAUAUAGUAAAAGCCUGUUUUAUUAUCAGAGAGAAGCUUGUAAAUACUCGAAACAAAAAGCUAGCACACUGAUAGGUAAAUAUUAUUAAAUUAUUAUUAAUAUUAUUAUUAUUUUGAUGCAGAUCACUCUUUUACCUCAAUUGCAACCAGUAAGAUGUUUGUAACUGGAGUUUUGGUUAUACAGUAGACAUAUUAUCAUAUUAUCAAAUUUGAAGAAUUAAUUACAAAGAAACAUGACAUUUUAAAGUAGAAAAACUGAAAUAGUAUUUUCUUGUAAGACAUACUCCGUUAAUCAUUAUAUACAUUUUUAUUUCUUACAGUGUAUAGUGAUAAAAACGAAAUAAACAUAAGCAAAUAGUUUUUUUUUUGGAAGCCAAAAAUAUUUCGCAAAAUACCCAGGGUGAUUUUAUAAUGAAUGUGGGCUAAAACCUUUUUUAGCAGAAAAUAAACAAAUUUUGACAAAGAGAACCAUAAUUGAUGAAAUAAAGAGAAAUAUUUUAAAUGAAAGACUUUUGUAUGUGCACCAUAUGUAGUUCAGACAAUUGUGUACAAAGCUUUAGUGUGAAUGAGUGGCUUUGUGGUGUGCUCUCAUCAACAAAUGCUAGAAUAUAAGAAUAAGUUGAACUUGCAAACUUUGACCUUGGGUUCAGGGUUGAAUGACCAGAGAUUCACCAUUCUGAUCUCCUGAGCCUCUGACAACUGUAUUACCCGAGGUAAUACUUCAAAUCCUUGCAGUCUGUUGGUAGCUGAUCCUCAUGGUGUUGGAUUUCCCUCAGCAGUUUAUCCCGUUUUUCAGCAGUUCAAUAUAAUGCCCACGUCUUUUCUCUGAUGCUUUCAUGCCGUUGUGACAGAGAGGGUGACUUCCCCUGCAAAUCAAUGCCCCAGUCGCAGGAAGUAGAGAAUGCACUGGAUGCCUCACUGCCUGCCUUCUGUUGUCCUUGUCAUAAUGCAGUUUACAGCAAGCAGGAGCCAGAAUAACAACCAGACAAUAGCUUUAAAAGCCCACCUCUCAUGGUCUCUUUAAAUAAUUUGGUUUUCUGACACAAGUGAGACUUGACAAAUGAAUGCCUUUUCAUAUAUCAUAUUUAUUACUGUAUAGCAUGAAGAAAAUAGUGAAACCAAAGGUAAACCAAUCAUGUCUUUGUUUCAUUUAGGCAGAUAUCUGACAGGCUGAUGAAUAAGACUGAUGAAACCUAACAAAAAACCUCUUAAAGAUGCUUGAAUUCCUGAAAUCCCCAUUCAAUAUAUGAAUAAACUAUUCUACAAUAAAUAAAAAUUUGCUUUGCUUAUCAAACCUAAGAAAAUGGUUUUUACUUACAGUCCCAGGACGCAUUUAGAAGCAACCAGAAAAUGCAUUGUGUGACUUGAUGUAAAAUUGGAUGACUAAAGUGUUCUAUAUCUAGAUGAUCUGGGAGGCAAAUAAAGCUGGUAGCUUGAAGGAUACCAAAGAUUUGCAUAUAGGCACAAUAUAUCUUCUAUACUAUUUUUAGGGUUCUGCUACUGCAAUAAUGCCUGUCACAACAUACAUUGACAAAAUUGUUGUUUUGGUGCUUUCAACUUAAAAAUGCCAUUGCGUUAGUCAGUUGAUAUAAUAUACUGAUUCAGGCCCUGAGGAAAAUGAGCAUUUUUGUUACAGAUGUCUUGGCAUAAAUGUUAAUCUUUUUAUUGUAGUUACAGUAAGUUAAAUUUAAUAAUGCACCAGCACCUUGAUUACAUCAAACAACCAGAAUAAAUAUAUAAGAAAUAAGAAAAUAACCCUUAACUUUCUGACAACAAAUAUUCAGCACUGAAAUAGUCAAACCUAUAAUAUCAGAAUGCAACAAUAAAAGACAUGCAGUAUAUUGUUAAUAUACUCCGAACUAUUGUGCUACUACAGAAUAUGCUGAUCCAUUAUUUAGAAUCAUCACGUUCUCUAACAUCGUUUUUUCACCUCAUCAAGGUAGAGUUUUAUAGCAGAAGUCAUUAGCAAUAGGAUAAACAGGGUUUUAAUGUUUCUUUCCACAGGUUGGAAUGUUUCUCAGUUACUGUGUUGAUUUCACAUUUUACUGUAAACCUGGUUAUUACAUUGCCAACUUAACAGAAAUUAGCUUGUUGUGCUCAUCAACUUGUGUGUUGGAACUACAGAUGACAAAGUAGUUGGUGGGACUUAUGAAUUCAUUUAUGUGUAUGCAUGUAAAAAAAAAAAGGAAUGUCAGUGUAUU